AUGUCAUCUUCGGAAGGGGCCCCGGAGUCGUGGAUCUCCUCCUUCUGCUCCCUGAUGGGGCACGAGUUCUUCGCCGAGGUGUCGGAGGACUUUAUCGAGGAUGAUUUCAACCUGACGGGUCUCCAGUCGCAGGUGCCCAUGUACAAAGAGGCAUUGGAAAUGAUCCUGGACGUGGAGCCCGAGGAUGACGAGGAGGAUGAAGAGGAGGAUGAGGAGGACGAGGACGAGGAUGAAAUACUGGGGGAUGAAAAGCCGCUUGGAUACCGCAGAGCGGGCGAUCGGCGCCAUGCACGAGUGGCUAGCGAUCUGAGUGUGAUCGAGAGCUCUGCGGAGCUGCUGUACGGUCUCAUCCACCAGCGAUACAUCACUUCGCGGCCGGGAAUCCAACAGAUGCUCGAGAAGUAUGAAAUGCAACAUUUCGGUGUUUGCCCUCGUGUGUACUGCAAUGGGUGCAAAGUCCUGCCCGUCGGCCGCUCCGACACUCCCGGCCAAGAGACGGUGAAGUUGUUCUGCCCAAGCUGCCAGGAUCUAUACACGCCCCCGAACAGCCGAUUCCACUCCGUGGAUGGCGCCUUCUUCGGCACCACGUUUGGCUGCCUGUUCUUCAUGACCUUCCCCGAUCUCGAUAUUGGAUCUCGACUGGAUAGCUCCGCUUUGUCACCGACACGAUCAUCCUCGCUGGCUUCUAUGAACAACCAAGUGUCACCGGACGUUCCUCCUCCGUGGCAGCCCGCCGAGAUCAACGGUGUACGGACUGCCAACUUCUGCCCGGGUCUUGGGCCCGGCAAGGUGUAUGAAUCUCGGAUCUACGGAUUCCGCGUGUCUGAGAGGUCCCGAUCAGGCCCUCGCAUGAAAUGGCUGCGGAUGAAGCCCACAGAUAUCACGGAACUGGACGAGACGGCCAGGUAUGAAGCGUAUGCGCCGGACGCCGACAAUGAUGGCGAUACUGAGAUGGGGGCUGUCCCUGGCAGUGCCCAAAAUUCGGCGAUUGCCAAACGGAAAAAGGCGCCCAUGCGGAGACGGCGAUUCAACCCGGACCAGAUGAGCAUCAACGGUGCCGAGGGAAGAUAA